AUGGCAACCUACCCGUCCGAGAAGCAAAACACCUCAGAUGACGGCGCCGAGGCCCAGGCCAGCCAUCACGGCGCCGCCGUCCUCGACGACGGCGUCGGCAACCUCACCUUUGACCAGUACACGACUGGCGGCAUGGGCCGCCAUCUCGGCAUCACCAGCACAACCUUUCUCAUCGUCGGCCGCAUCAUCGGCACCGGCAUCUUCUCCACGCCCUCCGCUAUCGUCGCCGGCGUCGGCAGCGUCGGCGCCUCGCUCCUCCUGUGGGUUCUCGGCCUCUUGCUCUCCGUCUGCGGCUUGUGCGUGUGGCUCGAGCUCGCCUGCAUGAUCCCGCGCAGCGGCGGCGAAAAGGUCUAUCUCGAGGCGGCCUACCGCCGGCCGCGGAUGCUCAUCACCACCGUCUUUGCCGUCCAGGCGGUUGCUCUGGGGUUUACCGGUAUGCCCACCCCCUUCCCCAAUCCCAAUCCCAAUCCCAAUCCGCAUACAAGUUCCAACGUUAUGAUAGCCUCCGGCUGCAUCAUCUUCGCCUCCAACAUCCUCGUCGCUGCUGGCCGCGUCGCCACAGAGUGGGAGAAGCGCGGCAUCGCCAUCGCGGUCAUCGUCGCGGUCACACUGGUCCACACCUUCUUCCCCAAGGUCGGCGUGCACGGCAUGAACUUCUUCACCGUGCUCAAGGUGGCCCUGCUGCUCUUCAUCGUCGUCACCGGGUGGGUGGUGCUCGGAGGCGGCGUGGCCGGCGUGGCCGAUCCGCACGCCAGCUUUCGCGACGCCUUUGCCGACUCGGCCCGGUCCGGGAACCCGUACGCGACGGCCCUAUUCAAGGUCCUCAAUUCUUAUGCGGGAUGGUCCAACGCCAUGUACGUCCUCAACGAGGUCAAGGACCCCGUCCGCACCAUCAAGAUCGCCGGCCCCCUCGGCCUCUCCAUCUGCGGCGUGCUCUACCUCCUCGCCAACGUCGCCUACUUCGCCGCGGCCACCCCCGCCGAGGUUGCCGCCAGCGGCACCACCGUCGCCGCCUACUUCAUGGGCAAGGUCUUUGGCCUCGCCGCCAAGCGCGCCCUCAGCGUGCUCGUCGCCCUCUCCGCCCUCGGCAACGUCAUGACCGUCACCUUUGCCCAGGCGCGCGUCAACCAAGAGCUCGCCAAGGAGGGCGUCAUCCCCUUUCCGCGCUUCUGGGCCUCCAACUGGCCCCUCGGCUCGCCCUCCGCCGGCCUCAUCCUCCACUUCAUCCCGUCUUUCAUCGUGAUUGUCGCGAUCCCCUUUGGCAACGCGUACAACUUCAUCCUCGACCUUGAGGGCUACCCGGGCUCGGUGAUCAACUUCUUGGUCGUGACGGGGCUGUUCCUCCUGCGGAGGAGCGAGCCGGACGCGCCCCGGCCGUUUAGGGUGUGGUGGCCGGUGGCGGGCUUCUUCAUGCUCGGGCAGGCGUUUCAGCUGGUGGCGCCGUUUCUGCGGCCGCCGGGCGGGAAGGGGGACACGCCGCCGCUGCCAUAUUGGCUGUACUGCGUGGUCGGCAUCGCGAUCUUGGUGGCGUCGGUGGUGUACUGGUUCGUCUGCUGGGUGGCGGCGCCGAGGAUUGGCAAGUACGAGCUGGUUCCGGAGAACGAGCCCCUGGCGGACGGGACGAAUGUGGUCGUCUACCACCGUGUUCCUAGAGAAUUCCAGGAUUCAUAG